UUCAACGACCGGAAGAAGCACUCAAAGGAUAGGCAACAGGUGUUGGAAACCUCUCUUCAGGAUUACGAUCGAGAGCCGCACCGCCCGGAGCUCAGACACAAACUCACUGCCGAUAAAAGACCUGAAUCUCGUCACGACAUCCAUAGAGGACCGGAACCGCCGGCGCCGCCCAUUCCUCCCAUCACUACUCCUGCGUCCAAACCGUUGCCAAUCACGCGAUCGAUCGAAACCCAGACCAACGGUGAGCUGACAGUGACGGCCACUACUACUGAACCACAGUUGCCGUCAAAGCCAGUGAUGAAAGUGGCGCCGAAGGACCUGAAGACUGAGUCGAAGAUCACAGUGGAAGUGACGAAAGCGCACAAAAAGGAGAGAUCGGAAGUGACAUCACUGACCAAAUUGGACGAGACGUCGGGCAAAAUGUCGCGAACCACUCACGUCACCACAAGUCAACACAUCCCGACC